UCGCCCCCGCCCCGCCCCACGUCGCCGCGGCGCGCUCAUUCACGUGCUCUUCCGAGGAAACAGAAAUUAGGCAUAUUCUCUACUCCUCCAGCUGUAUUGCCAUAAGAACACAGGGCUGAGACUUCUUAACCUGCGACCUCAUCUCCCCUGCCCGACGGACAAGCAAUCAAACACAUAGUACCUCGUCUCAUCUCGCUUCUUUCCCGGGAAAUUCAUUAGCAUGGCGGCGGAGCAGCAGACGAGGGUUAAGGGCGCCAGCGGGGGCAACAGGUUCGCCGCGGCGUGCGGCAUGCUGCGCCAGUACCAGUACAUGAUGGGGCAGGGGAGCGGCAGUAGAGCGGCCAUGGCGACCAUGGGCCUCAUGCCGGGCGCCGACGGUGUCGAGGCGGCGCAUGUGACGCCGGAGGAGAGGAUCAAGAACACCAUGGAGCUCCUGCUCUUCCCCCCGCGGCCCGGCACGCUCAUGGACAACUCGCAUCAAAGGAUCUUGGAGCCCGAGAGAGCGCAGCUGACCAUCUUCUACGACGGGAGGACCUUUGUGCUCGACGAUUUCCCCGCCGACAAGGCCGACCAACUGAUGCAGCUCGCCGGCUCCUUCGCCGCGCCGGCCGCCUCCGACGAUGAGCUCGUCUGCCCGAGCAUGCCGGUGCAGCAUUUCCUGGGAGGUAUUACUGCACUGCAGAACCUGUGCGUUUGUUCAGGCAUUCCCAGGAAUGCCUCGCUCCAGAGGUUCCUCGAGCAGAGGAAGGGCAGGAUCGCCGCGGCAGACCCGUACCUGGUGGCACCGGCUCGGGCGGCAAAUGAGACGGCCAAGCCUGUGGCUGUGGGAGACGGUGGCGCGCCGUGGCUCAGCGUCAACUCCGGGCUGAACCUCAACUGAAGAAUUUGAUUCAGCCAACAAGGCAGAAAGGUAUUGCUACUGCUUUUCCAUGUGUACGUACGUACGUGGGUGUUUAAGAGCUUGUUACUGUACGAUACUACGACCGUUAAUUGGCUGCGUCAGGGCAAUUGAUUCGGCGGCCAGCUACCUAUCAUCGCCUAAGUAGUGUACCCACCAUCAUCUGUUCGAGAAUUCUUUGGUGUGUAAGAGAAGAAUUCUUUUCAUGCUCAUAACAUGAGCUGGUCUCAUAUAUGAGUAUAUUAUAUUAAUUAAAGCAACUCGUGUAUGUCGUUCACUACGUGAGCUGCAAUAAAAUGAAAUGUAUUGGCAACAAACAAAGUUGUACUUGUUUGGUUCACACGUGAAAUAGCACCGUUUGUUCAUGUCA